AUGCCAGACGACGAAACGAUUCCUACGUUUGAGGAGGUCAAUGGGAGAAAGUUUAUGACAUUCGAGAUAGCAAAACUCGAUCGGACAAACGUUCGAAGUUGGAAAAACAAGUAUGAGUUAUUCCUAAAGUCACAAGGGUGCUGGAAAGUGUUGGAUUAUACAUAUAAGUGGAGGAAGCAAUCUGAGAAGAUAGAUGAGCUUCUUAAAGACGAUAAAUGGAGUGCAGCAGACUCCUUGUCGAAAUUGUACAUCCUACAGAACCUUACCGAAAAGGCAGGACUACAGCAGUUGGAACAGAGGCAUACAGAGCUAGUUGACGUGAGUGGCGGAGAAGUGAAAUUGCCAGAGAAGACGAUUAUGGUUAUUUUUCUGGAAGGAUUACCGUCAGAGUACGAUUCUAUGAAGUUCUCAAUACUGGGAGCUGGGGACCUAUCGAGAGGGCUUGUACUAUCACGAUUACAACAGCAAGAGCGCAUGCAAGGUGGCAGUACCAAUAAGACCAUCGGAGCCAAUGAAUCGGCCAACCGCGCAUCUGAUAUUAAGUGCUUCAACUGUAACGAGAUGGGUCAUUUUGCGAGGAAUUGUCCAAAACCAGACAAACGAAAGAAGUCGAAAGAAGAGUCUAGAGAUGACUCUCAAGAGAGCUCAAAGACGCGAAGCUCUAGAAAGAAAGCACACGAGAAGAGAAGUAAGAAAGUUAGGUUUAAGGGAAAGGCUAGGAAUGCUUCUAAAGAAUCUGAUACUGAGGAUGAGAGUGUCAGCGAGGAAAGCAGCGAAGAAAGUGCAUAUAAGGUGUGGAUUGGAGUUCAUUAUGCAGAUCGAGCUACAAGCAUAGACCCAGACCAAAGUGAGCAAAAGGUCAAGAAGUGGACUAUUGAUGGAGGUGCAACGAGUCACUGCACCGGCGAUAUUCAAUGCCUAGAAAAACUUGACACAAGAUACAGAGGCGUCCUAAAGACUGCAGGAGGAAACCUUAAGAUUAUGGGAAAAGGGAUUGCUAGAGUUCCUCUUAUGGAUGGAGGAGUGGCAAGGUUGAAUAAUGUUUUAUAUGUGCCAGACAUGGAAGAAAACCUUCUCUCGACACAAGUGUUGUAUCGAGAUGGAAUCUACAAUGCUCAUGAGAAGGAUGGAUAUCGAUUCUACAGAAAGGAUCGAAAGACUCUGGCUACAGGCUACAAUAUCGGUCGAACGAGUUAUCUAGGCUCAGUGGAGUCCCAGGAUACACUCAUGACAAGAUCAAGGCGAAUGAAUAAGGAUGAAGAGGCUCGAAUAGUGUCCAGAGAACCAGAUUGGGAUCUGCUUCAUAAGCGAUUUGGACACCCAGGGAAGCCAAGGAUGAAACGAUUAGUGAAGCGAAUGGGUUUGAAGCUUCCAGAAUCGUAUGAUUUCACAUGUGAGACGUGUAUUCAGGCGAAGAGUGUGAAGCGCCAGAAUCGAGGAGAGGUUCCAAAGGAGAAGGAACCGUUGAAACGAGUUUAUAUUGAUUUUUGGGGACCGUAUCAAGGCCAGUACUAUUUGGCAAUAGUUGAUGAUGCGACUAGGUUCUCAUGGCUUUACAUCACGGACAAUCGACGUACUGAGACCGUGAUUGAGAUCUUGGAGAAGUGGAUGGCUAAAGAAGAACGUAUUCUAGGGAAGGCCUUGAUCAAUAUUAGAUUGGAUAAUGCGAAGGAGUUUGCCGCAUUAGGAUCAUGGGCUGAGAAGAAGGGAAUCGACCUGGAGUUUACAGAGCCAUAUACACCACCACAGAAUGGACCAGCAGAGCGUCUGAAUCGUUUCAUACUUGAGAUCGCGAGAGCGAUGAUGCAGCAGAUGAAUGUUCCGAAGAAGUAUUGGCGAUAUGCAGUUAGGAUGGCCAACUUUCUUCGAAACCGAACCAUGUUUUCACCAAGGGAAGGGGAGAAACGGAAGUCUGCAUAUGAGAUGAUUUAUAAGAAGAAGUAUAACCUUGCAAAGCUCAAAGUUCCUUUUUGCAAAGUCUGGUUUCACAUUGAGACAAAGGAUAAGCUUGAUCCGAGGGCUCAAGAAGGUGUUUUUGUGGGUUAUACCAAGAGCAGCAGUCAAUAUCUCGUACUUGAUAGACAAGGGCGAGUACGGAAGGUCACCAAUCCAAUCUUUUUGGAGGAUCAACGAGGCUUCAUUUCUGAUGAAGCAGGUGAUCGAGAGUUUACGAAUGAUGAGGCAUAUAACAGCCUCAUUGAGAAUCCUAGUGUGUUUAACCACACUGUCAAUCCAGUUAUCAAUUCUGCAUCAACUACCGCUAUGAGUCCUACCGUGCUCAACCACAAGGAUGAUGUUGAUGCAACUACCGCAGUCGACGAGUCACAUAGUCAAGAAUCCACUACGUCGACUACACCGGAUCUAGCUGAUCCAAACCCGUCCACUACACCUUCAUUACCAAAGACAUCUCAGCAAGAUGCUUCACCAAAGCGACGAUCUGAGCGUAUACGACAACCAACCCAGGCGUUAAUUGAAUCACAGCAAACAGAGCAAAUAUACGGCCGGAAAAGUCGUCAAGAAAGACGUCGGGAAGAAAGGGAAGCGAGUAAAGUAUCAACAACGGAUAGUUCUUCCCAAGUCUCUCAUGAGGAGACACGUCUACGAGAAACAGCCAAUUUGGCAGUUGCAAUAGAACUCCUACUAGGCGAAGACGACGAGUUUGCUUUACGAGUUGACAAGCGGCUUGAAGGGGAGCAAAUUCCUAUACCCAAGACUUAUGAGGAAGCUGUCAAUCAUCCAAUUUAUGGACCUAGAUGGCGUGAAGCCAUUGGUCUUGAGAUUCGAAAUCUGAUACGCUUCGGCACAUGGAAAUUUGUUAAACGACCAAUCGGACGAUCAGUCAUAUCAUGUAAAUGGGUCUUCGAUCUGAAAUAUGGCGCAGAUGGGCGUCUAGAACGAUUCAAAGCACGACUAGUUGCCAGAGGAUUCUCUCAACAGGAAGGUUUAGACUUUGAAGACACAUUUGCACCAGUAAUCCGACUGGAAAGCCUCCGUGUGCUGUUCGCUAUUGCAGCUUCAUACGGGAUGGUUGCUCAUCUACUUGACGCUACAAACGCCUUCGUAGGCUCAAGAAUCGACAAGGAAAUGUUCAUGGAAAUUCCCCAGGGCUUAGAGGACCAUGGUGUCGGACCAACUGAACCAGAUCAGGUCUGUGAGAUCUUACAAUCGCUGUAUGGCUUACGGCAAUCUGCCAACCUCUGGAAUCAGAAAGUCAAGUCAUUCGUUAACACUAUUGGUUUUAAGCCUUCAACAGCUGAUUCAAGUGUCUUUAUCAAUGAACGAGGAGUCAUCAUUGCGCUAUACGUGGAUGAUAUCUUAGUGUUCGGUAAAGCAACUAAGGACAUUGACUGGACAAAGAGGAAACUCAAGAAAUUUCAUCCAAUGAAGGAUCCUGGACUUGCAAAGAAGAUAUUAGGAAUCCGAAUCACCUGGCUUCCAAAUGGAGGUAUACGACUGGAUCAAGAAUUCUAUGCUACUCAGAUGCUUAAAGAAUUUGGCAUGAAUCAUUCGAAGGAUCGUAUCCUACCUCUCGGACCUAGUACGAACCUUUCAGCAGAUUCUCAACGCCUUCCAAAAGAUCUGCACUCAAAGUUCCGAAGAAUCAUUGGACGACUAACAUAUUUAGCUGGUGGAACGCGGCCAGAUAUCCAGUUUCCUGUCAAUCGUCUCAGCCAACACCUCGCCGAACCCACAAAAGUCCAUUUAGAAGCGGUCAAGCGAAUACUCCGAUAUGUCCGCGGUACAAUCAAAUAUGCUAUCAUCUACCGAGCGUAG